AUGGACGCUUGCUCCCCGGUCCUCGUCGUCGCGGCGCUGCUCCUCCUCCUGGGGGCCUCGGCGCCGACGGCAUCCGCGGCGCGCGCCUUCUUCGUCUUCGGCGAUUCCCUCGUCGACAACGGCAACAACAACUACCUCAUGACGACGGCGCGCGCCGAGGCGCCGCCCUACGGCAUCGACUUCCCCACGCACAUGCCCACGGGGAGGUUCUCCAACGGCCUCAACAUCCCCGACAUCAUCAGCGAGUACCUCGGGGCAGAGCCCGCGCUGCCGUACCUGAGCCCCUACAUGCGCGGCGAGAACCUGCUCGUGGGCGCCAACUUCGCGUCCGCCGGCGUCGGCAUUCUCAACGACACAGGCGUGCAAUUCGUGAACAUCAUCAGGAUGGCGCAGCAGCUGCAGAACUUCCAAGACUACCAGCGGAGGCUGGCGGCGUACAUCGGCGAGGAAGCGGCGAGAGAGCGCGUGAGCCAGGCGCUGGUGCUCAUCACGCUCGGCGGCAACGACUUUUACCUGGUGCCCUUUUCCGCGAGGUCCCAGCAGUUCGAGAUCCACGACUACAUCCCCUUCAUCAUCUCAAGUACAAGAAAGUCCUCGUGCGGCUGUACGAGCUGGGCGCCCGUCGCGUGA